AUGGAUCCUGGUAUCCCUUCCGAUCCCCCGUCACGUUCCUUGGUUGGAAAAGUCGCAAUUGUCACCGGCGCAGGCUGUCUGGGUGACGGCAUUGGAAACGGACGAGCAAUAUCAAUUCUCCUAGCCGAUGAUGGCUGCGACGUCAUAUGUAUCGAUCUGAACUUGGAGUGGACGGAUAAGACCGUGGAAUAUGUCCAUUCAAAACCAAAUCGUGGUCGAGCAUUUGCAUAUCGCGCAGAUGUCACAUCAGAAGAGGACUGCGAAGCAGCAGUACGCUACACGAUUGAGACAUUCGGUCGAUUGGAUAUUCUGAUCAACAAUGUCGGAAUCGGAGGUGCAGCUGGAACCGCGGUAGAUGUUGACAUGGCACAGUGGGCAAAGAGCAUGGAGACCAACGUCGCUAGUAUGGUACAAAUGGCCAAGUAUGCCAUCCCGCAGAUGGCCAAAAAUGAUGGCGAAAUUAAAGGAAGUAUCGUCAACAUGGGAAGCGUUGCUGGGCUGAAGGGUGGAACGCCUCAUUUGCUAUAUCCCACUGCCAAAGGCGCUAUAGUCAAUAUGACCCGCGCUAUGGCAGCACAUCACUCGCCAGAGGGCAUUCGAGUGAACUGUGUGUGUCCUGGGAUGCUUUAUACGCCCAUGAUGUAUGGAAAUGGGAUGAGCGAAGAAGCCAGAGAGGCCCGACGGAAACGGAGUCUAUUGGGAACUGAGGGAAACGGGUGGGACUGUGCAGGAGCUGUGGUCUUUCUUGCGGGACCCCAUGCGCGAUGGAUGACGGGUGUGAUUCUCCCUGUUGAUGCCGGCACGACGGCCGCAGUGGGAAUUGGCAUGACCAAGAGUGCAAGUGUCAACGCAUAG